AUUCAUUUAAACAAUGAUUCAAUGUGCAAUAUAAAAUAUGUUCAAUAUUAAAUCUUUUCAAGGAUAAACAUACAUACUCCCUUACACACACACACACUAAUACACACACAUAUACACACUUACCCACACGUAAAUUUCCACUUGAGACAGCUAAUGAAUAACACUUUUGAAAGUGUAUUUCCACCGUUCCCAACAAGUUUAAUAGCCAUUCUAGCAACGACUGUUUCAACUGCAACACUUGUCGGUAAUAUUGUUGUAUUGAUAGCAUUUUUUGUUGAACGUUCUCUACGUGUACCAAGUAAUUAUUUUAUUGCAUCAUUGGCUAUGACUGAUGUACUGAUUGGAUUAUUUUCAAUGAAUUUAUUUAUUACAUAUCAAUUAUUAGGUUAUUGGCCAUUAGGACAUUUAAUUUGUGAUUUAUGGUUAACAUUGGAUUUUUCAGCGUGUCUAACAAGUCAGUAUACUGUAUUCUUAAUUACACUGGAUCGUUUUUGUUCAGUUAAAAUACCAGCGAAAUAUCGAAAUUGGCGAACAUUUAAUAAGGUUCGAGUUAUGAUAUGCAUAAGUUGGAUAUUCCCAGCAGCUUUAUUCACACCCGUCAUUUUUGGUUGGUCCUAUUUAACUGGAGAACCAGAACGUGAAAUUUUCAAAUGUGAAGUCUCUUUCACCUAUCAUCCAGUCUUCAAUACAACAUUGACGAUAGGCUAUUUUUGGACUACACUAGUGGUCAUGUGUAGUCUAUACGUUGGUAUCUAUAAUGUAGCACGUCGGUUACAAGCAAAAUCCAUAGAUAAUAAUAAACGUUUAACACAAUUUUUAUCAAAAAUUGAUAAUAAACAAAUGUUAACACAACAAAAUACAUCAAAUAAUACAAAUUCACUCGAAGACGAUGAUGCUAAUGAUAAUGAUGAUGACAAUGUCGAGAAGUGUUUCAAUUCAAAUUGUUUAAAUAAGUAUCCAACGAAUUCAAAUAAUAAUGUGGCGGGAUAUUUAACAAAUCAAACUUAUUGUUUGAAUAAAACAACAAAAGAUAUGUUCAAGGAGUCCAAUGAAUUCGUUGACUGUAAUUUUAUGAAUAAAUCUGAUAAAAUAGAUGGAACAGAUAAAAUUCAACUAUAUUCCUUGACAACAGUUAGUCAGUAUCAACGUACAUCACCGAAAAACUUGAAACAUCAUCAUCACAUUGGUGGUGAAAGUGGAUCUGCUUCACAACAAAGUGAUCAACUUCAAUGCGGUCACUUUCAAUAUGAAAAUAAAACUUCUAAUGAUUGUUCAGUCUAUCAUAAUAGUGAUAGUAUCCUGAAUACAUCUCAGACACAUCAAACUAGUAUAUCGACAACAGCAACAGCAACAACUGCUCAUGAGGACAAACAGGUGGAUGCGCAUAGAAAAGACUCUUCAUCAUCAAUAAAUGAUGAAAUUUUCUUCCUACCGUCUGUCAACUUUUAUAUACCAUCACCAAAAGUUUCAACGCCUUCAACAAUUCAAAGUGAACAGUCGCUAUCACCGAAAUAUACCUAUUCUGAGAAUAAUUCACCUGUAUGGAUUAGAAAAAAGGAUAAUUGUUAUGAUUCUGGUUUAAAUUUAUACGAAUGUGAUCUUUGUCCACAAGUAUUGAAAUGUCAACAGUUUAUAAGUGAUAAAAAUUCCUGUGAAAAUGGUGUAUACUACUAUUUAUCUGAUUCACCAUCAUGGGAUCAAUGUCCGCCGACAUGUUGUUUAACUGAUAAAUGUGAAUAUUCUGAGUAUACGACAUCCAGUGGAAAUAUGAGCUCAAUGUAUAAUAACCAGUUAACUAAUACCAACUGUUGGUACAGACGAUUCGUGCAUAGAUUGAAUAAACCAAAUAAUAUGCUUAUCAAAUCCGCGUGUACACUAAGUAAGCAACAGUCACCUUCAUCAUUGUGUAAAUCCUGUGAUGACAAACCUUAUCCGUGUGGACUACAAAAUAAUUAUAACAAUAAUCAAGAUAUCUGUCCAUGUCAUUACUACAGUAGUAAUAAUAAUAAUAGUAAGAAUUUUAUUCAACAACACCGUGAAUCACAAAUAAGUGUAGAACCAACUAAACCUCAGUCGAAAUGUUUGUGUUGUAUUCUGCCGCCAAAACAAAUCAACACUGAUUUAAGCAAUAAUCACCCUCAAGGUCAAACCAGUAUAAGUAAUAGUCAAAUUCAAAGUCCAAAUAAUAGUGAUGAUUAUAUGAAUGCACAAAAUGGCCAACAAAAGAGCAAAUCUAAUAAACUAUCUUUAAAAUAUAAACAAAAGCAACAAAGAUUUAAUUCACAACAACAACAACAAUACGGAAAGUCAUCACCACCAACAACAGCAACAACAAAACCUGGUAAACGGCAGACAAGUCUUUCAAUAUUUCAAUCUUUAUCAAAUAUUGAUGCACAAAAUCGUAAACAUGCACGUAAAGCAUUGAAAACAAUUAGUUUUAUUUUGGGAGCAUUUAUGUUCUGUUGGACACCAUAUCAUGUUAUUGUAUUGAUUAAAGGUUUUUGUGAUGAUUUAACUACGCAUAGAAGUUGUGUGAAUAUACACUUAUAUAAUUUAUCCUACUGGUUAUGUUAUAUGAAUUCACCAAUUAAUCCAUUUUGUUAUGCAUUAUCAAAUAUAUCAUUUAGGAGAACAUUUUUUCGAAUAUUACGAUGUGAUUUUCAAAAAAGAUGA